AUGAACGGGACGGGGGCGACGGCCGGGCCGCGGCCCACCAGCUCGGCGGCCCCGGGCUCCCGGGGCGCGAUGCGCCCGCGCCAGCGCCUGCCCCCGGGCCUUGCGCACCCGGCGCCGCACAGCCAGCAGCUGGGGCUCAGCGAGGCGCAGAAGCGGGUCUUGGACCUUGAGAAGAGCCUGCAGUUCCUGCAGCAGCAGCACUCGGAGACGCUGGUCAAGCUCCACGAGGAGAUCGACCACCUGAAGCGGGAGAACAAGGAUCUUCACUACAAGCUGAUCAUGAAUCAGAAGCCGCCAAAGAAAGGCAGCUUCUCAACGUCCAGCAUCCAGUCCAACAAGUCCGUAUCCAAUUCGACAGUGUCGGGCAAGGCCAGGACCCAGGCCAGCUCCUCCAGGAAGCAGGACUCGAAAGCAGACGUCCCCCACAAGGCGGACUUGGACGAGGAGCCCUUGAGCCCGGGCCACAGCGGAAAGCCGGACAAAGUCCCUGGGGCAGGGGCGCAGGGCCAGGCCAGAGAGGAAGAUGCAGAGGCCUUUAGUGUGGGGGCUGCCCCCGGGGCAGGCAGCCAGUCUAAGGGGAGGCCGGCAGCCCCCUUGGUGAGCCUGCCCCCGCACCUGCGAAAGCCCACCACGCUGCAGCAAUGUGAGGUGGUCAUCCGCCAACUGUGGAACGCCAACCUCCUGCAGGCCCAAGAGCUGCAGCACCUCAAGUCCCUGCUGGACAGGAACCAGCGGCCCAGGGCGGCCCUCGAGGAGCCAGGGCCCAGCUCACCCAAGGACCAGGAGGCCACACAGUUCCCCAAGGUUGCCACCAAGGGCCUCUCUAAGAAAUGCCUGAUCCUGAGCUCUGUACCUGUCGCGGAGAGGGCCAUUCUGCCCGCCCUGAAGCAGAGCCUGAAGAGCAAUUUCGCUGAGCGGCAGAAGCGGCUCCAGGUGGUACAGAGCCGGCGCCUGCACCGGUCAGUGCUUUGACCCCGGCCACCACUGAGGACCCAGCAGCGAGAAACCAGCCCCCCAUAGUGCUCCAGAGAACCCCGAUACUU